AUGCAAAUUUCUUGUUCUGCAAUAGUUGCUUCGAUUUUGCUUUUUUGUACAAGUAGGAAAUGUGGAAAACCUCACUGUAAAGGGCUUAGUAAGGCGACCGAAUUUGAUAUUCAGUUGGAAACCGAAGAAUGUGUUAAGAAUUCAAGCACCACACCUAAAGAUGGUGUUACUCGAGGACUUUUAGAAUUGCUGCACAACCGUCAUAAGGAAUUGGAAGCUGAGUUAAAGAGGAUGGCACCUGUUAAUGGAAGAGCAGUGCUUAUAUUUCGAGCUAAAUGUGGAUGUUCGGUCGGUAUAUUGGAUGUUCCGGGGCCCAAGAAGAAACGGAAGAUCAAGAAAUAG